CACAACUAUAAAUGUUGCCAUAGUUAGGCGUGGGAAACAGCGCAUGUUUUCAUUACAGUCAGGCUCGGCGUGAACGUACAGUUGUACACUACCUCCCCAUCAUGAACACUACUCGCUUGUGGCUGCUGAUAAUAGCUGCCACUUGUGCCAAGGGCAUGGUCAGGAGCAAUGGCAGGCCGUGGGAGGAAAGCUUCCGUCUACCAGAAACUGUCAUUCCUGAACACUAUGAGCUGUACAUGCACCCAGAUCUCUCUGCCAAGACAUUCUCUGGCAGGGUCACCAUCAGCCUCACCUCCCAGGAGCCACGUGACCACUUCCUGGUGCACUCUCAGUGGCUUACCAUUACCAACACUUCCCUGAUCAGCAAGAAGGGAAACCAAUCACAGGAUGUGCACAUCAUUGAAGCCUUCAGCUACGAGCCUCACCAGUUCUGGGUGGUGCGGAUGGACCAGGUAGAAGCUGGCUCAUUUGAACUCACUCUUCACUUCUCUGGUUCCCUUAUAAAUGGCAUUCUUGGCUAUUAUUACUCAGACUACACUGAUGGUAAUGGAAAAUCAAGGGGUCUGGCGACAACAAAGUUUCAGCCGACAUAUGCACGCCGAGCCUUCCCCUGCUUUGAUGAACCAGGAUUCAAGUCUACCUAUAGCUUGACACUAGUGAGACCCUCACAAGAAUACCGUGCCCUCUCAAACAUGCCUGUCAAGAAAGAGACCCAGGACUCUCCAUCAAUUGGCUUGACAGAGGUGGCCUUUGAAAAGUCCUUACCAAUGGUCACUUACUUGGUGUGCUUCAUUGUGUGUGACUUCACUUUUAAAGAGGCCAUCAUGGACAGCGGUAUGCCCUUCCGAGUGUAUGCCCGUGAGGACCGCCUCAGUGACAUAAACUAUGCUCUUGAGGUGGGGAAGAGUGUGUUGCAGAUGUAUGAAGGCAUGUUUGACUUGCCCUUCCCCCUUCCCAAAAGUGACAUGGUUGGCAUCCCAGAUUACUCCUCGGGUGCCACGGAGCACUGGGGCAUCAUCACUUUUAGGGAGACUGCCAUAUACUACAACAGUAAAGACAGUUCCUCGGCCAACAAACAGAGGGUGGCUUCAGUUAUUUCUCACGAGAUGGCUCAUCAGUGGUUUGGCAAUUUGGUUACCCUGAAGUGGUGGGAUGACUUGUGGCUGAAUGAGGGCUUUGCCAGCUAUGUGGAGUACAAAGGUGUGGCCCAUGUGGAGCCCAGCUGGGAAAUGGAGUUUCAGUUCUGUACGAAGACACUGCUGCCAGUACUCGGAGAUGACGCCCUCGUCAGCUCCCACCCCAUCAUCCAGACAGUGGAGACACCUGACCAGAUCAAUUCAAUCUUUGACAAAAUUGCCUACAAUAAGGGGUUUCACUUUGUGUGUGUGUGCCUGACCCCAGCACUGAAGCUAGAUGAGCAGCUUACAUCCCACCCAGUGAUCCUUCCUGUCACUAACACAGAGCAGAUCAGUGGCAUGUUUGAUUUCAUAACCUAUAAAAAGGGUGCCUCAGUACUCCGGAUGCUGGAAGACUUCAUGGGGGAGUAUUUCCAGAUAGGAAUUAAUGCCUUCCUCAAAAAGUUCAUGUACACCAAUGCAGUGACACAAGACUUGUGGAAUGAACUCACCACAGCCUGGGCCGGCCACGUGCCUGUUGGAGCAAAGAGUGAUGUAGGUGCCAUCAUGAACACCUGGACCCAGCAGAUGGGCUAUCCUGUAGUCACUGUGAAGCGGGCAGCACCAGACACUCUAGUCUUUUCUCAGCAGCGAUUUUUACUGGACCCCAGUGCACAGUACAAUCCUGAUGAUUCACCAUUCCGGUACAAGUGGGACGUGCCUGUGAGCUACAUCACUUCGGCUAAUUCCACGGUUCAGCAAUCCUGGUUCAACCAUGAGGACUCCACAUUGGAGGUGAAGGUACCUGCUGAGGUAACUUGGGUCAAAGUCAAUGUGUACUACAAAGGCUUUUAUCGGGUCAACUAUGAAGCAGACAUGUGGAGUGAAUUGGGGAAGCUGUGUGCAUCUCAGGCAUUGAGUGCUGCAGACCGGGCUGGCCUCUAUAGUGAUGUCUUUGCCCUGGCUGAUGCUGGACUCCUCAGCUACACAGUGCCCUUGGAUUUCAGUCGUAAUCUAGCAAGUGAAAGUGAUUAUGUUCCGUGGGAUGCAAUGACAGCAACCUUUGUAGAUAUUCAGAGACUUCUAGCCUCCUCUGAUGCCUACCAGCCUUUCAAGGAUUAUGUUUCCAGCUUGGUAGAGCCUCUGUACUCUUCACUAGGCUGGGAUGAUGAAGGAGACCACUUGAGGAGAUUGCUGAGGACAGAUGUAGUGACACUUGCUUGUAUCAGUGGAAGUGAUGCCUGCCUGGAGGCAGCAGCACGUAAGAUAGAGAGCUGGGUACUGGAUGCCACCUCUCCACUUCCUCUAGAUGCUCGCAGACAGUCCUACAGAUGGGGUGUGGUGAAGGAAGGAGAUCGUGAGAUGUGGGAAGUGAUGUGGCAGCGAGCAUUAGGAGAGACAAGUGCCACAGAGACAGACAAUCUCUACUAUGGCAUGGCUAACUUCCAGGACACUUCUAUCUUGCAGAGUUACAUUGAACUCUCCAUGAAGGAAGAAAAUGUGCGCAGCCAGAAUUUCCUUGCCAUCCUGGAAUAUAUUUCCACCAAUCCAGUGGGCAACAGCCUGGUCUGGGACUGGGUGAGGUCUAACUGGGAGUGGCUGGUGGAGCGUUACACCAUCAAUGACCGUUACUUGGGGCAGCUGAUUCCCAGGAUCUGCCGCUACUUUGCCACAGGGCAGAAACUAACUGAAAUGGAGGAAUUCUUCAGCCAGUAUCCUGAAGCUGGUGCUGGGGAGAGAUACAGACAGCAGGCCAUCGAGACAGUGAAGUACAAUAUCCGCUGGGUGAAUGACAAUGCUGCUACCAUCCUGGCUUGGCUUCAGGCACCUCUGCCUAGUGCUGGGAAUCACUGAUAAGGAACACUCUUAGUUGAAGUAAAUAAUGAAGGGAAAUUUCAACAAUAAUAAUUUUUGUAAUGGAACAUUUUAUGUGCCACUAUUACUUUGUAUUUCAUCCUAUACUUUACCAACAGUUGUGAUACUCAUAUGUAUAAAACAAUGUGGUGUUGAUUUAAUGAAUGAAAUUGGAUUUAUGGUGUUUAA